AUGGUUCAGGCUUUAGACUGUGAGCCCACGCUGGGGAUAGGGCCGGAUAUGUUCUGUGACUUCAGCGGCAAGAAGUACAGCCCAGGCGAGAGCUGGCACCCCUACCUGGAGCCCCAGGGGCUGAUGUACUGCAUCCGCUGCAGCUGCUCCGAGAAUGGGAACACCAGGUGCUAUCGGAUCCAGUGCCCGGCUCUGCAGUGCGCCAGCCCCGUCACGGACCCCCAGCAGUGCUGCCCGCGGUGUCUCGAGCCAAACUCCCCCUCUGGCCUCCGGGCGCCUGCCAGGUCCUGCCAGUACAACGGGACGACGUACCAGCAAGGCGAGAUGUUCACCACCAGUGAGCUCUUCCCCAGCCGCCAGCCCAACCAGUGUGUGCAGUGCAGCUGCUCCGAAGGCCAGAUUUACUGCGGCUUGGUGACCUGCCCGGAGCUGCUGUGCUCCUCUCCCCUAACGGUGCCAGACUCCUGCUGCCAGGUCUGCAAAGACGGCUCAUACGAGAAGUCCGCGGAAGAGGAACCCCUGCAGUUAAACAGAGGUGUUAGGCACUCGCAAGACCAGUGCUCGGGGGAAGCGAUGGGCAGGAAGCCCCUCGGAGCCACCGCGUCCACCGUUCUCAGCUCCUCCCUGGAGUUCAUUCCCAGGAGCUUCAAACCCAAGGGGGGAGGUGGCACCACCGUGAAGAUCGUCUUGAAGGAGAAGCACAAGAAAGCUUGUGUUUACAACGGGAAGACCUACUCCCACGGGGAAGUGUGGCACCCCGUCUUCCGGCUCUACGGCCUCCUGCCCUGCAUCCUGUGCACUUGCAGGGAUGGUGUCCAGGACUGCCAGAAGAUCUCGUGCCCCAAGGAGUAUCCCUGUGACUAUCCCGAGAAAGUGGACGGGAAAUGCUGUAAAAUAUGUCCAGAAACCAGAGUCAAACCCACCGAUGAAAUCGUCACUGCCCAAUGCGGCAAGAACCCCAACCGUGUCCUGGUGUACAUGUUUGUGCCACCGAGCUCCGAGACCUCCAAGGAGGUCCUGAGGACAAUCGCAAUCGAGAAGGAGCCCUCUGAAGAGGUGGAAAUCUAUAACUGGAAGCUGAUUAAAGGGAUAUUUCACUUGAUCCAGACCAAGAAGAUCAGCAAACAGGAAUUCAAGCAAGAAGCGCAGAACUUCAGGCUGAUCACCAGGACGAAUGAAGGUCACUGGAACAUCUUCCGAGCCCAGACGUCAGAGCUGACGAUGACAGAGAGUCCAGAGAAAGAAACAAAGAACUUGUAAAAGAGAAACUUUAACCUAGCUAUUGAUUUAUCUACACCCACACACACAUACACACCUACCCAUAUAUACGAAAAAAACUCGCAUUAUUAAAUAGACUGGCACAGCAAUAAGAGGUACACUAGUGUAAAUGACAGCAACUCCAGCAGAGGAACCAAACCGAACCGAUGCCACCACGUCCGCGCCGAAGCCCGGCCACCGCUAUGGACGUGUCACCCUUUGGCGUGCUCCAGGGGAGAGCAGACAUGGCCAUCGCCAUCCCCUGCUGCCAAAAGUGCUGGGUGUGCAGCGGGAGAGGCAGCAGAGGGAGGCCUGGUGCAAUGUGAAGAGAGGAGGAAUUCCUGAGGAGCAUCAGGAGCUAGCAGCCAAGCAGGAGAAGACCCUGCUCGGUACCACUGCCGGUGUAAAGGUGACCUGCAAGGAGAGAAAAAAACCUCCCUGCCUCCUUUCUUGGAGGCCCUGUGAGCUGCAAAGGGUUUCUUUGGUUGAAUAUCCUCCACAGAGUAGUUCCUGAAAAGUCUUUUCUCCUCUGUUUCAACUGGGAGAAUUUUGGGGGGCACUUUCCCUUCUUUGCAGGUCAUGCAGCAACGCGAUUUUUGGGAGGACGUGCCUGCUGGCACCAGUGACACCGUGGAGAAGAGUCAGGGUCCUGGGAUGGUGACACAAAUUCAAGGCCAACAGCAGCACAGCUGCUGCUCGUGGUGCUGGUGGGGGACGGGGGCGAUGCCACCCGCCUGCUGGUGCCACCCCCCCUCCGUCCCCUGCCCCCUCUCACCGCAGCAGCCUGCAAGGAUGUAAGCUUAAUGGCUCCGAGACCCCGAACACUGCACUAAGGUUGCUGCUACGCGUGUUAGUAUGCUAUAUAUUUAUGUAUAUCCUACAUACUAUCUACUGGGCUGUAUUCACAGGAGGGGCAUCUCCCAAAGGGCCAACAGGACCAUUGCUGUAGCGUGGGGAGGAGGGCGUGCAGCAGCACUGCUCUCCCCCUGACUGGAAAUAGCUUUGGGGGAUUUUCAGG